GGAAGACCUUCAUUGUGAGAUAUUUGCUGUGGAAGAAGAGAAUCUGACAGCAGCAACGAACACUAAAGUCUUUUAGAACUCUUCGUCAUGACAACAGUCCAAGUGCCUGAUCGUAUUCCAAGUGAGACGUCAUGGGUCUCCGCGUGUCCCGGUGGUCUCUGGGAGGUGCGGCGAAAGUGGCUUGGAGAAAGGCAACGAGGAGACAUCACGCCUAUGAUGGGCUCGCUAUGUAAAGUCAAGGUGCGGCGAAGUACUGUUACAGAGGGAAACACACUGCAUUCUGCUUCUCAAGAGGAGGAAUCAACAGCCAGCGUUGAUCCCAGCGAGCAAGCUACCUCAUAUCCCCGCUCGCAGGACUCUGUGCUGCAGGUUCCACUUGAUGAGUGGUGCUUGUUGCGCAUGGGCGAAGGGCACUGUGAUAUUAUAGAGGGCUGCCUGGAAGGGAUGAGGGCUGGAGAGAUGUGUGAGUUUACGAUAAGUGCCUGGAAUGCAAAGAACUCCAAAGCAGCAGGCAGUGAUGCUAAUGAUACCCAGACUGAAAAUACAACAGCGCAAGGAUCAUCUCAGCAGUCUGACUGCUUUACACUUCAGCUUCACUCUUUAACCCCUGGCCAGGAGUCUUGGCAGAUGACACCUGGAGAGAAAUGGGCUUGGGUGCUGUCUCACAAGCAGAGGGGUGGUCAGCGGUUUGGGAAGGGAGAUAUCUGGGGUGCGGUAGACUGCUACUGCAGAGCGGUGAAGCUGGCUAUUACUUUAAAUAGCAAGACAAGAAGAAAGCCAAUGGACGAGGCGUCUAAAGAAAUUUUGGAUGAAGAGGAUGAUGAAGAUGAUGAUGCAGCUUCGACACCAUGCUUUGAGAAAGAAAAUGAGCAGGCAGAAAGUGCUGAUAUCUCCAUUCCAACUGAGGAGGAGUACAAAACUGUAAAAGCAGAACUUCACUGCAAUCUUUCUUUAUGUCAGCUUAAGUUAGGCCAGCUUGUCAAAUCUAGAGAUAGCAGUAUCAAGGCCACUGAGCUGAACCCAACGAGCACUAAGGCUUGGUACCGGCUUGGGCAAGCUUGCCUGCAGCUGGGUGAACUGGAGGAAUCCCGCAUGGCCUUUGGAAAGAUUCUGGAACUCCAACCUGAUUCUGCAUCAGCUCGCACUGCUCUGAAAGAAGUGAACUCCAGAUUAAAGGACUUGGAUAAUAAACUCGGCCAAAGGCUGAGCAAGAUGUUUAACUAGAGAUCAACUGAAAGUUGGGAAUUAGAAAAGCAGAACAUGUGCAUAUGUAUAAAAAUGAUAAAAGCUGUUAAGUGCCCGGAAGUUGUUAUUGGUCUUUCCUUGUAGCCUAACUGCAGUGUUUAAAACUUGAAAUAUGUUUACUGUAUGGGUAGUGUACUAUCUUAAAUGUUCAAUGUUGUAAUUUGUCAAUGUUUAAACCUACAUAAACUUGAAAAGUGCAAAGUCAUAAAACUGGUUAGGACAUUUACUGAAUGUACUUAAAAUUUUUGUUUAUUUUUGUAAAAUAAUAUACUGCUUUGAUGUUUUGUUCUAAAACAUGUUUUUAUUCUGGAUUUACUGCCGUAGAAAAUAAUCAAAAGCCAAGUAUAAUGCAUUCUUGCAUAA